GAGCGGUGCGGAGUUUAAAUCCGCGGCUGGGCCCGGCGUCGCCGGCGUGCUGCGGCGGAACGGCUGUUGGUCUGUGUCGGGUCCCGGUCCCCCGCUCCUGGGGGCUCUCCCGUCUUCUGCUUCUCCCGCUGAGCUGCGGCCUGGUGAAGAGGAAGCCAUGGCGCUCCGGGUCACCAGGAACACGAAAAUUAAUGCCGAAAAUAAGGCGAAGAUCACUAUAGCAGGCGCAAAGCGCGUGCCCGUGGCCACUACUGCAACCUCCAAGGCCGGGCUGAGGCCGAGAACAGCCCUUGGAGACAUCGCUAACAAUGUCAGUGGACAGCCCCAGGCCAAGCUGCCUCUGAAAAAGGAGGCAAAAACAUUAGCUGCUGGAAAAGUUACUGCUAAAAAACUACCGAAACCUAUGGAAAAGGCACUGGAGCCUGCAUCUGUGCCUGUGCCUGCGCCGGAACCAGCGCGGGAGCCCGAGCCCGAGCCUGAGCCUGUUAAAGAAGAAAAACUUUCGCCUGAGCCUAUUCUGGUUGAUACUCCCUCUCCAAGUCCAAUGGAAACAUCUGGCUGUGCCCCUGCAGAAGAAUAUCUGUGCCAGGCUUUCUCUGAUGUAAUGCUUGCAGUGAAUGAUGUGGAUGCAGAGGACGGAGCUGAUCCAAACUGUUGUAGUGAAUAUGUGAAAGAUAUCUAUACUUAUCUGAGACAAGUUGAGGAAGAGCAAGCAGUCAGACCAAAAUACCUAUUAGGUCGUGAAGUCACUGGAAAUAUGAGAGCCAUCCUAAUUGAUUGGCUGGUGCAGGUUCAGAUGAAAUUCGGGUUACUGCAGGAGACCAUGUACAUGACUGUUUCCAUUAUUGACCGAUUCAUGCAGAAUAAUUCUGUGCCCAAGAAGAUGCUGCAGUUGGUUGGUGUCACUGCCAUGUUUAUUGCGAGCAAAUAUGAAGAAAUGUACCCUCCAGAAAUCGGUGACUUUGCCUUUGUGACUGACAACACUUACACUAAGCUCCAAAUCAGACAGAUGGAAAUGAAGAUUCUGAGAGCUUUAAAUUUUUGCCUGGGUCGCCCUCUACCCCUGCACUUCCUUCGGAGAGCAUCUAAGAUCGGAGAGACACCAGUUCUACAGCAUUACCUGUCAUACACUGAAGAAUCACUUCUCCUUGUUAUGCAACACCUCGCUAAGAACAUAGUCAUGGUGAAUUGUGGGCUUACAAAGCACAUGACUAUCAAGAACAAGUAUGCCACGUCUAAGCAUGCUAAGAUCAGCACUCUAGCACAGCUAAAUUCUGCAUUAGUUAAAGAUUUAGCCAAGGCUGUGGCAAAGAUGUAACUUGUGAACUUGAGUUGGAGUACUGUAAUACCUGCAAAUACAAUUGGCACCAUGUGCUAUCUGUACAUAUUAUAUGUUACAUCUACUUUUAAUAAAGCUGUGGUCCUUUUUACUUCUUAUACCUUAAUUCAUUUGAAUGUGGCUACUUUCUACUCUAGGGUACCUUAAAAGGUGUGGUAAAUAUAUGGUGGGGAAUAUAAAAAGUGCUUUCAAUUAACUUGGGGACCCAACGAAUAUAUAUAUAACUGUUGCUUACAUGGUUUUUGUUUUAUGUAUCUGGUUUUUACUUGAAGGCAUUCAAAAUUUACUUCCAUAGAGCAUACUGUAUGUAAGCCCAGUGAUCAUGGAGCAUCUGCUGCCUGCCUGGUUCUACUUAAAAGUCUGCCACCUCAUUCCUAGUCCCCCUGUUUUCUGUUCUUCUGGUGGUUGCUUCCAAUAAUUCUAAUCUACUUUUACCACUAUUUCUUAGAUUACCAAAUUUAGUGUCAACUCUUUAACUGGAAAAAAUAACUUUAAUCUAUAUUCUAAACCUAACCUGCUUAACUUUUUGUUUGUUGGUUUUAUUGGUUGAGAAAAUAAAUGGGGCUCCUCAAACAUACAAAAGUAUCUUUAAAAUUUUAUUUUAUCCCUCCCCCAACUUUCCUACAUCUCAGUCCAUCCACCUAAAGGAUGUCAACAGUUGGGAUGUAUCCUUUCAUGAUUUCUAUAAAUAUAAUCAUGCAUGUAAAUUGUUGAUGUUUUAAAAAAUAGGACUGUUGUACAUACUCAGCAAUGUUCAACAUGUAUAGGCCUUACCCUGUAUUUGCGUAUUAUAUUCCAUAGUAUACUAUAAUGUAUUCAAUCAUUCUGCUUUUUGACAUUCAGAUUUUUUUUUGUCUCUAUAAGCAAUACUGUUUAAAUGUCAUUAAAUACCAUGUUUUUUUAAAUGUACACUGGGUUCUCCAAAGUGUAUAUGUAAUCUCAUUUCUAGUGGGUGCUGCCAGGGGACUUUCUCAAUGUCAUCAGCAAUGUGCAAAAGUGUUUUCUUUGCAAUCUUGCCAGAACUAAAGGUAAUCCUCAUCAAUUUCUGUGAAGUUGGCAAAAAAAAUAUUCUACCUUGCUUGCUGUUUUAAUUUAUACUGCUAAUGGCUACUUGAAUAAAUUUUUGUUGUCUACUAACUUA